AUGCGGCCCAAGACCGGGUGCGCCAGGCCAUGGAGUUUCUCGAUCCCCGGCUACAGAGCAGACAUCAUCACGAUGCUGCAAAAAAACCAGCGCCGGCUCGUCGUUAACAUCGAUCGAGUCCGCGACCACAACCCCGAGAUGGCCGAGGGCCUCCUCUACGACCCCUUCGACUUCACCCUCGCCUUCAACCACGCCCUCAAGUCCAUCGUCAAGGCCCUCCCACAAGCCCGCAAGGACCAGACGGACGACGACGUGCUGUACUACUGCGCCUUUGCCGGCAGUUUUGGUUUGAACACUUGCAACCCGCGGAGUCUGGGGUCGCAGCACUUGAACAGCAUGGUCUCCAUCGAGGGCAUCGUCACCCGCUGCUCGCUGAUCAGACCCAAGAUCGUCAAGAGCGUGCACUACAACGAGACGAAGAAUAUUUUCCAGUGGAAGGAAUACCGCGACCAGACGAUGACCAACGGCGCGACGACCACGUCGGUGUAUCCCCACGAGGACAACGAGGGGAACCCGCUGAUCACAGAGUAUGGGCUCUGCACGUACAGGGAUCACCAGACGAUUUCGAUCCAGGAGAUGCCCGAGCGGGCGCCUGCGGGGCAGCUGCCAAGGGGGGUGGAUGUGAUUUUGGAUGAUGACCUGGUGGACAAGGCCAAGCCGGGAGACAGAGUCCAGCUGGUGGGCAUCUUCAGGACGCUGGGGAACAGAAACACCAACCACAACAGCGCGCUGUUCAAGACGGUGCUGCUGGCAAAUAAUGUCGUGUUGCUGUCGACCAAGUCGGGGGGUGGGAUCGCCACGGCGGCGAUUACGGAUACCGACAUCAGGAACAUCAACAAGAUUGCGAAAAAGUCAAAGGUGUUUGAGCUGUUGAGCCAGUCGUUGGCGCCGAGCAUUUUCGGGCAUGAUUACAUCAAGAAGGCGAUUUUGCUGAUGCUGCUGGGGGGGAUGGAGAAGAAUCUGGAGAAUGGGACGCACCUGAGGGGUGAUAUCAACAUUUUGAUGGUGGGUGACCCUUCGACGGCCAAGUCGCAGCUGUUGAGGUUUGUGUUGAAUACGGCGCCGUUGGCGAUUGCCACCACCGGCAGGGGGUCGUCUGGUGUGGGCUUGACGGCUGCGGUGACGAGCGACAAGGAGACGGGGGAGAGGAGGUUGGAGGCGGGUGCGAUGGUUAUGGCGGACAGGGGCGUGGUCUGCAUCGAUGAGUUUGACAAGAUGAGCGACGUGGAUCGGGUGGCUAUCCACGAGGUUAUGGAACAGCAGACGGUUACGAUUGCGAAGGCGGGGAUUCAUUAG